CUACUCUCGUCUUUUUACUACACGGCCGAUACCGUACCAACCAUAAUGACGACCAUAUCCUCCCCCUCAAUCCAGCACCUAACGCCCUCCACAACCACAGCCACAACCACGACCGGCGACCCUACCCCCUCCACCACCACCACCGCCGACGGUUUCCAAUUCCCCCCCAUCUACUCCUUCCCGCCCUUCUUCACACUACAACCCAACGCGCAAACCCGCACCUCGCAGCUAACCUCCUGGUCCACACUCAUCCAAUCCUACUGCCGCGCACACCACCUCUUCGCCCUCUCGCUCAUCGACGCCCUCCCCACGCCGCUCUUCACAAACGCCCAACUCGCGCGCAAACUCUCCCUGCGCGACGCGCGCACCGUGCUGUCCUGGAUGUGCACGCCCGAGGGCGGGAACCGCGCGGAGUGGAUAACGGCCGGCGGGGGGAAGGCCGCGAAGGGAGGCCAGGGGCAGGAGGGCGAAGGCAGCGCGGUGUGCUGGAUAUACUGGCGCCGGCCGGAGGAGUGGGCGGUUGCGGUGGAGGAGUGGGUGGAGCGGACGGGCCAGAGGGGCACGGUGUUGACGCUGUAUGAGCUUACGGAGAGCGAUGCGACGCGGAGGGAGGAGUUUUAUGGGAUGGAUAUGGAGUUGUUGCAGAAGAGUUUGCAGGUUUGUGUGAAGAGGGGGAAAGCGCAGAUUUUUGGGGCGGAGGGGAGUGAGGGGGUGAAGUUCUUUUGAGAAGGGCUCAUAAUUUAUGGAAAUAAGGAUGCUUGGAUAGUAUGGGCAUGUGGUACUCGCAUAUUGGCUGGCUUGAGGACAGGGGAGUUGAGAAGAAAGGUAGGAAGCUCCGGAUGGAUACUAAAUGCUUGCAUUCAUCAUAACUAAGAGCCGUCGCUAAUGCUCGCCAGGAAGCUAUGGCAGCUGGAAUGAAAGAAGCCGAAACCGGCUCAUCGAAGAUACCCAUGCAUA